CAUGAGUGUACUAACUUGUAAUAUUUGGAUUAUGCACACAUUGAUUGAGAUAGUUGCGUUCAUAUAAAUGUGCAAGCUAAAGACUUUCUGGAUAAAAUAAUAUAUCAGAACUACAGAAAGAACUGUGAUGUCUCAGUUAGAUAAAGGCCAACCAACAUGCCUUAUCCAUCCGGAUGUGACGUCACAAGUACUUUGUCGCGACCACCAGGCUCUCCUGUGUGUACAGUGCUAUCUCGAUGGUCACAAAACUUGUGAUAUUAUCGACGUUCACGACGUCAAACGCAUGGGGUCACGGUAUGGACGUCUGGCGUGUGAAUUGAUCGUUAUGAAAGAACGAGUGUCAGCAGCAGAGGCAGCCAGGGAGGGGAUGUUCCUCCGUGCAGAACAGGAACGUGAGCGUCUUGAAACCCAGAUGAGUACUGUGCUCCAGCGCCUGCAAGGGAAACUUGACGAAAUGAAGGCCGCAAGUCGCCAAGAGAUGCAGCGGCAAUUGAAUGACAGACUGAAGGUCGCGAAGAGGACCAAGCAAAGGUUAGAGGGACUUACAGAGCGUCUGAGAGAAGGUGACGGCCAAAUUGAUUCAGAGGGGCGGCUUUCACGAGGCGGAAGUGGAGAUGACACGCCCCAUGUGCGAUUCGUCCUCUCUAAACAUCUGCAGGACGUUUUGGGCAGCAAAGAUCGCCCUUUUGGCGACUUCCACGUUCACCUGCUCGCAUCCCGAAAACACCCCGAUGUACAAAAAACGUCAAGCCCGUCCCCUAGGCGAACAUAUAGUAGACAGUAUUCACAGAAAUGACGGUCAAAUCCUCUGCAAGGGACGCCAUCAUUUUAGAAGGUUUUGGAAUAGUGAAUGGGGGUAGUUUCCCUUGGACAAAGUUCAGUCUUGAUUUCUUACAUAGGUU